AUGGCAUCUUCGUCUUGCCCAGUGUGUGGCACGAAUCAGUCGAAAGUUGUGGAUGGAUUGUUGUAUUGCGAGGAUUACCGUGAAGUAGAGGAAGAUGAAGACCAAGUGGUUGCUGGUAUCGGAAAGAUCAGAACCAAGAGAGUCAAGCAGGUGCAGGACAAAUCCAUGGCUAAAACUGAUUUCGGUGAUGAUCUACAUCAGCUGAGUCUAUCAACCAGCACGAUGAUGGGAGAAGGAAUUAAGACUAGCAGGCAGAGGAAGGAUAUCGCGUCUGGCCGAGAACAUGCUCCAUCUUAUCUUCGACGUGUCGGCACCAGGCUCGCUGCAUUUACAAAAAUACUGGCUAAAUGUGUUGCUUGGAUUCGUCGUGAUUUUGCUAUCCCAGAAGCUUUCACUGAUCACACAGCAUUCGAGAAAGCUCGUGAGAAGAAAGCCAAGAAAGAACGACGAAAGAAGAAGGGAAAAGAAGCGUUGCAGAAAUCAGUCACUGCUUGGGAUUUGCUGAUAGGUGAUACACUGGAUGAAAACUUGGAAUUACGAUCUGAUGCCGACUCUGAAGAUGAAGAACAGCCUGAAGAAGCGGCUACCGUCACU